AUGACCAUGCCGAUCGCGAGGCUUUACACGGGUGACGACGGGCAGUCACACAUCGAACAAAUCGAACUGGAAUCUCACCCGGAGUACGAGGCGAUGCAGGCUGCCAAGGGCAUAUCGUUCCGCCGGGUGGACCCGGGCCGUUUCAGCGACUGGCACUGCGCGCCGCGACGCCAGUUUGUCAUCACGCUGGAAGGCGAGGUUGAGAUCGGCCUGGGAGACGGGUCGGUGCACCGGUUCGGCGCGGGGCAGGCCAUGUUGGCCGAGGACCUCACCGGCCAGGGUCACACUACCCGUGCAGUGGGCGACCAGCCCCGACUGACGGCCACCGUACCGCUGGACGAUUAG